UGGCACAAGCAGCAGCCCCCGCGGCGGGGCCAGGAGCGGAAGUGGGUGUGACAGAGACGGGAGCCGAGAGGACUCGGUGAGGCCAGGUCCUGGGGACUGAGAGCCGAAGGGUGAGAGCGAUGAUACCCCCGCAGGAGGCGUCUGCCCGGCGGCGGGAGAUCGAAGACAAGCUGAAGCAGGAGGAGGAGACGCUGUCCUUCAUCCGAGACAGCCUGGAGAAGAGCGACCAGCUCACCAAGAAUAUGGUGUCUAUCCUGUCAUCCUUUGAGAGCCGCCUUAUGAAGUUGGAGAACUCCAUCAUCCCGGUGCACAAGCAGACAGAGAACCUGCAGCGGCUGCAGGAGAAUGUCGAGAAGACUCUAUCCUGCCUGGACCAUGUCAUCAGCUACCACCAUGUGGCCAGUGACACUGAGAAGACCAUCAGGGAGGGCCCCACAGGCAGGCUGGAAGAGUACCUGGGAAGCAUGGCCAAGAUUCAGAAGGCUGUGGAGUAUUUCCAGGACAAUAGCCCAGACAGCCCAGAGCUCAACAAAGUGAAGCUGCUGUUUGAGCGGGGGAAGGAGUCUCUGGAGGCCGAGUUCCGCGGCCUGAUGACCUGGCACAGUAAGGUCGUCUCCCCUGUGCUCAUCCUGGAUCUGAUCAGCGGUGAGGAUGAGCUGGAGGCCCAGGAGGAGGUGCCCCUGGAGCACCUCCCCGAGGGGGUGCUCCAGGACGUGAUCUGCAUCUCCCGCUGGCUGGUGGAAUACGGCCGCAACCAAGAUUUCAUGAACGUCUACUACCAGAUUCGCUCCAGCCAGCUGGAACGCUCUGUCAAGGGCCUGAAGGAGCAUUUCCGGAAGAGCAGUUCCUCCUCCGGGGUUCCCUACUCCCCUGCCAUCCCCAACAAGAGGAAAGACACGCCCACCAAGAAGCCCAUCAAGAGGCCAGGGACGAUCCGGAAGGCUCAGAACCUUCUGAAACAGUAUUCCCAGCAUGGUCUAGAUGGGAAAAAGGGGGGCUCUAACCUCAUUCCUCUGGAAGGUCACGAGCAUGAUUUCCGAGUUAAGCAUCUGUCCGAGGCCCUGAACGACAAGCACGGGCCACUGGCUGGGAGAGAUGACAUGCUGGACGUGGAGACCGACGCCUACAUUCACUGCAUCAGCGCCUUCGUCAAGCUGGCCCAGAGCGAGUACCAGCUGCUGACGGAUGUCAUCCCUGAGCACCAUCAGAAGAAGACCUUUGACUCCCUGAUACAGGAUGCCCUGGACGGGCUGAUGCUCGAGGGGGAGAAUAUUGUGUCUGCUGCCCGGAAGGCCAUCAUUCGGCAUGACUUCUCUGCCGUGCUCACCGUCUUCCCCAUCCUGAGGCACCUCAAGCAGACCAAGCCUGAGUUUGACCAGGUCCUCCAGGGCACGGCCGCCAGCACCAAGAACAAGCUGCCCAGCCUCAUCACCUCCAUGGAGACCGUUGGAGCCAAAGCGCUGGAGGACUUCGCUGACAAUAUCAAGAAUGACCCGGAUAAAGAAUACAACAUGCCCAAGGAUGGCACCGUGCAUGAGCUCACAAGCAAUGCCAUCCUCUUCCUGCAGCAGCUCCUGGACUUCCAGGAGACGGCAGGCGCCAUGCUAGCCUCCCAAGUUCUUGGGGACACAUACAAUAUUCCUUUAGACCCCCGAGAGACCAGUUCUUCCGCCACCAGCUACAGCUCCGAGUUCAGCAAGCGCCUUCUAAGCACCUACAUCUGUAAAGUCCUGGGCAACCUGCAGUUGAACUUACUGAGCAAGUCCAAGGUGUACGAGGACCCGGCUCUGAGCGCCGUCUUCCUGCACAACAAUUACAACUACAUCCUCAAGGCCCUGGAGAAGUCUGAGCUGAUCCAGCUGGUGGCUGUGACCCAGAAGAGUGCUGAGCGCUCCUACAGGGAGCACAUCGAGCAGCAGAUCCAGACGUACCAGCGCAGUUGGUUAAAGGUGACUGACUACCUCGCUGAGAAGAAUCUACCUGUAUUCCAACCAGGGGUCAAGCUCCGGGACAAGGAGCGGCAGAUGAUCAAGGAGCGUUUCAAGGGCUUCAAUGACGGCCUUGAGGAGUUGUGCAAGAUCCAGAAGGCCUGGGCUAUUCCGGACACAGAGCAGAGGGACCGGAUCCGGCAAGCUCAGAAAAACAUUGUCAAGGAGACCUACGGGGCCUUUCUGCACAGGUACAGCAACGUGCCCUUCACCAAGAACCCCGAGAAGUACAUCAAGUACCGUGUGGAGCAGGUGGGCGACAUGAUUGAUCGCCUCUUUGACACCUCGGCCUGAGCCUGCUGUUGUCCCUGCCUGGUUCUGCCAGACCAGCCAUGUUAUUGGACACAUAAACCAGUGUUAACUUGCCUCUGGACUGGGUGAGUUUGACAUCCUUUGGGACAAGGACCUUUCUCCACCCUCUCCCCUGCCAGGAGCCCCGUCUCUCAACCCUUGAGUCCUGGUUUACACUUCUCCUCACAGUCCAUGUUCCUUGUCAAACCAGCACGCUCCUGGGACACUGGGGUUUCUUCAUGCCUUGGGUUUUGUGUCCCUGAUUGCAGCCUGCAAGGGCCAUGUGAAAGCUUUCACACAGGAAAAGGCAGAGGAGGACAAAGGCCUGUACUCACAGCCGCCACGUGUGGACAGGCGCAGGGGGGCAACACCAGCCUGCCUAUAGCUCAUUUCAGAGCCAGGCCUGGGGAACUCCCCGUUCAGCCCACAGUCCUGACGCCUAGGGGUGUUCUGCCCCCCGGGCAGCUGGAGCAGGAAUACUCGCUGUCCUUGCUGUCUGGGGUCCAGCACACUGGCGGCAGGAGGUCAGAGCAGACCUGUCUCCCAGUCCCCAGUCAAGCCAAGCAGCAAUGGUUGUAGAAAUGCGGGCUGGGUGACUGGUAGACAGUGGUAAGAAGUUCAGGGACAGAGUGGGGGCCUGGCGCAAGGCGGGGCCCCAGCUCCUCAGGACGAGUGAACAGCUGAGCUCCAUGCAGACAGACCCUUGAGGUGCACUUGCACUUGGGUAAUGAAUUUAUUUCACAUUGCUUGCAUGCUAACAGGAGAGCUCAGGGUGCCUGAGGUCCUCCAGGCAUAAAGGAGAGAGUUGGCCCCUCUCCCCUCUUCCCAGCACCCCUGUUAUGGCCCUCCCCCAGGUCUGCAGCCCCAGCCCUGCUCUGGUACAGCCUGGGCUGCCCUCCAUGGGGUGCAGCCUCGUCAGGGACUGGGUCAUACUUGCACAUCACCCACACCCAGAGACCAGCGAAGACGAAUUGGCUGCAUAUCACCCCAUCACAUACACCAGGAAGAUUUGCUCAGCAGCCUCAUCCCAGCUCUUCCUUGAGCCCUGUCCUCCUCUGGGGACUCCUAUGAGGAGAGAGGCAGGGAAAGGAGCUGUGCUUUGGGGCUCACCCAACACGCUCUCCCAGAGCAGAAGAGUAAACCGAAGGGGUGUCGGCCUGCAGUCCUCCUGUAGUUCACAAUUAACGAGUAUUUGGGUCUGGCCCAUUCUAGCCAUCUUAAGUUGAAGAAACACCCCUAUAGAGAGGCUUCCUGGGGCACAGGGUUGUCUCUGGGAGUGUGCAGUCACCCAAGCCGUUAGGGAGGCUAACCUUGCCCCUCCACACCCACUUCUUCCGUGGGCAGACAUGGUGGAGCCCAGGGACAGCAGAGCCGGCAGAGGGAGUGCAAGGAGCCUCUCAACAGCCUAGCAACCUCUGACCCUGGCCCCAGCCCCAGCUGAGCCGCCUGCCGGCUCUGUCCCUGUCAGACCUGCUUCUAGCCUCAUUCCUUUCCAUCCCCCAAGAAAGGGCCCCUGCCCACCUUCAGGUUCGUGGCCACGAUCUUGCUAUUCCCACCUCAAGGCCGAGCUGGGGCUGCACCUGGCCCUGAGGUUGCCCUGGGCCAGCAACCCGGCCAGCGGCACAGACUCCGUGGUGUGAUGAAGAGCGGCAGGUCGGUGAAAUAGUAAACUGGGCGGGGUGUGCGGGAGGGGGUCAGGGGCCAGGCCUGUGCCUCUAGUGCCCAGGAAGCUAAACAGAGGCCCCCCGGCUCAGGUGACAGGAGGUGUGGAGGAAUGAGGCAGGCCAGGCAGUGCGGUCCUGCCCAGGGCCAGGAGGGCACAGGGUUUACUGAGCAGUGGGUUGCAAGAAGAAGAGCUGGGCAGAGCCACCAGGGAGGAGUAGAAGACGAGAUCGAUAGCCCAGCAGCAGGGCCACCUUGCAGGCAAUGUGCUGGGUGACCUGAAGGGGCAGCAACCCACCCGCACAUGUCAGCAAACGGCAGCGCCUCCCCGGGCACCAGCAGAGCCAUGAUGGCCUCCAGUGCUGUGUUGUGCAGGCGUAGCUGGAAGACAUUCGAGCUGGGCAGGGGAUGGGCAGUAGAAUGGCGAUGUCAGGCCUCUAGCUCGGCAUCCUGAACACCCCACCAGCCCUCCAUCAGCCACCUCCCUACUCACUGUCACCUGGAAGCAGGGCACAAGCUGCUGGGGUCUGAUUUGGGUUUUCAAGUCCCAGACUACAUAUUCCCCCUUGACGCCCACAAUCUCAUUUACCUGGAACUCCUGCUCAUCCCUGGAAGGGGUGAGGGUGAGAAUGGUGACCUAGGAAAGGACACCCCUGCCCCCAAAUCUCUCAUGGGAGUAGGGGUAGGGACAAGCUGGAGCUCAGGGACAAUGGAGACUUCUGAUGGCUGGGGUGGCUUGUCCAGUUGGAGGAAAGGCGCCUUAUCUGGUUCACAGAUGAGUUUUCAUUGUAAAAAUAAAUGAACUUUGCACCA